AUGCCACCAGUACCAAAAUUGAGUGAAGAGGCAUUGGACAGCCUGGAACAUAAACCCCAAAGUAACAAAAUUCAAAAGGCGAUUAAUGAUUGGAAACUUCUACUACAUAACCUGGAUUUAGACGACAUAGACAGAUAUGCAAAUAAUCUGGUCAAGGAUGGCACAACAGUCGACGAAUUCGUCACAAUGUUACAGGAAAAUGGUCGUAAAGAAAUGAAGUCAUAUUUGACUAAUUUGGGCAUCAGUCCUUUAGACAGAACAUCUAUAAUACGUUGUAUUGAUAAAAUUGUACAAGAUGCUGAAGAAAGCAAAGAAAUUGUACAAGAUGCUCCUGAAGUAAGCGAAGGUUGGAGCACCACAACCAUUGUCAUUGGUUCUGCUGUUGCUGUUGUUGGGGUCGCUUGCAUUGCUACUGGUUGCUAUUUAGCAGCGCCUAAAAUACUUUCCUGGAUCAAGGUGGGAACUGCUGCUGGAAAAGGUGCUCUGGCUGGGAAAGGUGCCCUGGCUGGGAAGGGUGCUCUGGCUGGAAAAGGUGCUCUGGCUGGAAAAGGUGCCGUUGCUGGAAAAGGUGCUCUGGUUGGAAAAAGUGCCCUGGUUGGAAAAGGUGCCCUGGCUGGAAAAAGUGCCGUUGCUGGAACAGCUGCUGUGACUGGAAAAGCUAUCAUGGCUGGAAAAGCUGUUGCAACUGUAGCUGUAGCAGGAGGUGUUGCUUCUUAUAUUAAUCGAGAAAAGAUUGAAAUUGUACAAGAUGCUCCUGAAGUAAACAAAGAAAUUGUACAAGAUGCUCCUGAAGUAAGCGAAGAAAUUGUACAAGAUGCUCCUGAAUUAAGC